UUAAAGAUGGGAGGUGAAAAUGGUGCGGAAGAACCUAUGGAUGUUGAAAUUAUGCCAUCAACGAGUGGUUAUAACAUAAAAAAUAAAGAAAAAGAGGGAAAGUCAGGACAUUUACCAUGGAUUGAAAAACAUCGGCCACAAGUAUUUUCUGAAAUUGUUGGCAAUGAGGACACAGUAUCCAGACUCUCAGUUUUUGCUCAACAUGGAAAUUGCCCUAAUAUCAUUAUUGCUGGUCCACCAGGAGUUGGUAAAACUACAACUAUAUUAUGUUUAGCACGUAUUUUAUUAGGACCAACAUUUAAGGAAGCUGUAUUAGAAUUGAAUGCUUCAAAUGAACGAGGAAUAGAUGUAGUGAGAAAUAAAAUUAAAAUGUUUGCUCAGAAAAAGGUAAAUCUGCCAAAAGGAAAACAUAAGAUAAUAAUUUUAGAUGAAGCUGAUAGCAUGACUGAGGGUGCACAGCAGGCAUUACGUAGGACAAUGGAAAUAUACAGUAAUACAACUAGGUUUGCAUUAGCUUGUAAUACCAGUGAAAAAAUUAUUGAACCAAUACAAUCACGCUGUGCUAUGUUAAGAUAUGGGAAAUUAUCAGAUGCACAAAUUUUGGCAAAAAUCAUUGAAGUUUGUACGAAAGAAAAUGUUUCAUAUACAGAUGAUGGUUUAGAAGCAAUAGUAUUUACUGCACAAGGUGAUAUGAGACAGGCCCUAAAUAACUUACAGUCAACAAGUAAUGGUUUUGGUCACGUAAAUAGUGAAAAUGUUUUUAAAGUAUGUGAUGAACCACAUCCAUUACUUGUUAAAGAAAUGCUUGAAUUUUGCACACAGGCUAAUAUUUCAAAAUCAUAUGGAGUAAUGGAACAUUUAUGGAAAAUGGGAUACUCUGCAGAAGACUUAAUCCGUAACAUAUUCAGAGUUUGUAAAAAUUUACCUAUCGAUGAAACAUUAAAAUUAGAUUUUAUUAAAGAAAUUGGAAUAACUCAUUUAGGAAUAGUGGAUGGAAUUGAUAGUUUGCUGCAAAUUAAUAGUCUCCUUGCUAGACUUUGUAAAAGGGCUAUGCAGUCGUAA